AUGGAAUCUACGCAGGUCCACUGCCUUACCCUCCUUGGUCCCUCGACCUCCCUCGAGGCGAAGCGGCACCAGUUGCUGGAGCAGUUGCAAGUCAUUGCGCCGCAUGUGACCAGUGUCGAUGGUAUUCAUCUUCACAUGGUCCAGGCGACCUCAGCUGAGGCACUGGCCAAGCUCCAGGAUGCCUCCAGUCAUGAGCGCCGUGUGAUUGACCAGCUUCUUAACUACGGUGACCAUGUCGAACUGGACGAUACCAAGGCACUCGUCACGAAGGCACUUGCUGGGGAGUCCGCCGAUGGCACAGACGUGCUCUUUGUGUUGCCACGUGCAGGCAACACGACUCCAUGGUCCUCCAAGGCAACUGAUAUCUCGCAUAUUUGCGGCAUGGAUGCGGUCGUCAAGCGUAUGGAGCGUGGUAUGGCUUAUGCCCUGCAUGUGUCCGAACCGCUGACGGACGACGAAUUGCUGCGUGCUGAAAAGCUCUUGCAUGACCGCAUGACACAGACGAUUGACCGCGCGCCCCCUUCGGAGAGUGCGGCGGCGCUCUUUGGCACGUCUGAGCCUGGCCUCUUGCGUACCGUCGAGCUCUUGUCGUCGUCGACGGAUACCAACUGGGACGCGGCGCAUGCGCGCUUGGAAGCGUCCAAUGUCGAGUUUGGCUUGGCAUUGGCGCCUGAUGAGAUCAACUACUUGGUCGACGCGUUUGUGCGUGGCCAAGGCGACGAGGCCCCGCUGCGUCGUAACCCUACCGAUGUCGAGCUGUUUAUGUUUGCGCAGGUGAACUCGGAGCACUGCCGUCACAAGAUUUUCAAUGCGUCCUGGACGAUCGAUGGUCAGGUGCAGCCACAGUCUCUGUUUAGCAUGAUUCGAAACACACACAAGAUCACGCCGACGCACACGAUCAGUGCGUACUCAGACAACGCUGCCGUUCUCGAUGGCUCCGAUGGCGUGCGUUUCCUUCCAGCGCCGGAUGCCUUGGCCCUGAGUGAUGACCGCCGUGUGCCUCACGUGUACAUUGGACGUCGUGAGCCGAUGCCGAUCCUCGCCAAGGUGGAGACGCACAACCACCCUACAGCCAUUUCGCCGUACCCUGGUGCGGCCACCGGUAGCGGUGGUGAGAUCCGUGAUGAGGGUGCCGUUGGCCGUGGCUCUAAGCCCAAGGCGGGUCUGGCUGGUUUCAUGUCGUCGAACCUGCUCCUUCCGGGCGACGGUCGUCAGCCAUGGGAAGAGGAUAUCGGCCAACCGAUGCACGUCGCGAGCUCGUUUGAAAUUAUGCGCGAUGCACCCAUCGGUGCCGCUGCAUUCAACAAUGAGUUUGGCCGUCCUGCCCUGACGGGUUUCUGGCGCACACUGUGUGAGCGUGUGCCUACCGAAAAGGGCCACGAAUGGCGUGGGUACCACAAGCCGAUCAUGCUGGCAGGUGGUCUGGGCAACGUUCGCCCAGAGUACACGUUCAAGGGCCAGAUUCAGCCGGGCGAUGCUCUGAUUGUCAUGGGUGGUCCUGGCUACUUGAUUGGUCUCGGAGGCGGCACGAGCUCCUCGAUGGCGGGCGGUGGCGCGGAGCGCUCGACGUUGGACUUUGUCAGUGUUUCACGUGAGAACCCAGAAAUGCAGCGCCGCUGUCAAGAGGUGAUCGAUGCCUGCUGCACAGCCGAGGUGAAUCCCAUUGCGAGCAUCCACGAUGUGGGUGCAGGUGGUUUAAGCAACGCGCUCCCGGAGAUUGUGCACGAUGCGGGUCUCGGUGCCGAAUUUGAGCUGCGUGAUGUGCCGUUGGGCAACACGUCGCUGAGUCCGUUGGCCAUUUGGUGCAAUGAAAGUCAAGAACGUUAUGUACUCGCUGUCCGCCCGGCCAACCUCGAUGCGUUCAUGGCCAUUGCGGAGCGUGAGCGUUGCCCUGUCGCUGUGGUGGGGUAUGCCACCGAAGAGCCCCGUUUGGUCCUGCGUGAUCGUCUGCGCAACGAAGUGUGCAUUGAUCUCCCCAUGUCGACGCUCUUCGGCAAGCCGCCCAAGAUGGAACGUGUCGCGACGCAUGCCAAGCGUCAGACGGUGCCUUUUGAUGCCACUCUCGCUGCGUCCCUGCCGGACAUGAGCGAGUCACAGCGUGUGGCCGAGGCUGUGCAGCGUGUAUUGCACCUACCCAGCGUAGGCUCCAAGUCGUACCUCAUUACGAUUGGUGACCGCAGUGUCACGGGUCUUGUGGUGCGUGACCAGAUGGUCGGCCCGUACCAGGUGCCUGUCGCUGACGUUGCUGUGACGCGCACGUCGUACUCGUUCGACGACCAGGCGCCUGGUGAGGCGAUGACGAGUGGCGAGCGUACGCCGCUCUCGCUCCUGAGCGGCGCGGCAUCGGCGCGUAUGGCUGUCGGUGAGGCUCUGACCAACUUGGCGGCCGCGUACGUGGACGACAUUGAGAAGAUCAAGUUGAGCGCGAACUGGAUGUGCUCGGCUGGCUACGAACACGAUGGUGCAGAGCUGUACGAUGCCGUGAAGGCUAUUGGUCUUGACCUGUGCCCCAAGCUCGGCCUCUCCAUUCCUGUCGGCAAAGACUCGAUGUCGAUGGGCAUGUCGUGGCAUGCCCCCAAUGGCGAGAAGCGUACUGUCACAGCGCCCCUGAGCCCGAUCAUCACCGCGUUUGCGCCUGUGAAGGAUGUGUCGGCUACGUGGACGCCGCAGCUCCAGCGUGCGGAUGGCCCCUCGUCGCUGCUGUUUAUUGAUCUGGCUCAGGGUCGUCAGCGUCUGGGCGGUUCGGCGUUGGCGCAGGUGUUCCGUGAGCUGGGUCACGAGGCCCCUGAUGUGGAAGAUGCGGAGUUGCUUCGUGUGUUCUUCAACGUCAUGGGUAUGCUGAAGCAGUUGCAUGCGGGCAAGCGCGAUGUGCCUCCGCUGGUGCACGCCUACCACGACCGAUCGGAUGGUGGUCUGCUGGCCACGGUCGUGGAGAUGGCCUUUGCGGGUCGGAUGGGUUUGGAUCUGGACAUUUCCAAGAUCGUGCGCACAACGCCUACUGCGGCGCUCUUCAACGAAGAGCUUGGUGCUGUACUCCAGGUGCGCGACUCGGAUAUGCAGUCUGUCUCUACUGUACUCACGGCCUUCGGUGUGCCAGCGUCGGCGAUGCAUGUCCUGGGUCAUGUGCUGUACGAUGAGGAGCGUAUUGAGAUUCGCGCGCAAGGCCAGGUGUGCCUCUCCUCGACCCGUGCCGCUCUCCAGAAGGCCUGGGCAGAGACGUCGUACCGCAUGCAGUCGCUGCGUGACAACCCUGAGUCUGCGGCGCAGGAGUAUGCGCUGAUUGACGAGCCAGCGAGCCAGUCCAAGGCGGGUCUUUCGUACGAGCUGACAUUUGAUCCUGCCGCGCUGAAGCUGGCCGAUGCUGCGACCAUUGAGCGUCCUCUUGCUUCGCAGCCUCGCGUCGCGAUUUUGCGCGAGCAGGGUGUGAAUGGACACGUGGAAAUGGCGUGGGCCUUUGCGCGCGCUGGCUUCUGUGCGGUGGAUGUGCACAUGACCGACCUGCUUGCUGGUCGUGUCUCGCUGCGUGACUUUGAUGGUCUUGCGGCGUGCGGUGGCUUCUCGUACGGAGACGUCCUGGGCUCGGGUCGUGGCUGGGCAAACUCGGUCCUUCUCCACUCGUCGGUGCGGUCGGAAUUCGAGGCGUUCUUCCAGCGUGAGAAGACGUUUGCGUUGGGUGUGUGCAAUGGCUGUCAGAUGCUUAGUACGAUUGGCCGUGCGGGUCUGAUUCCCGGUGCAGCGCACUGGCCGUCGUUCUCGCCCAACGAGAGCGGUCGGUACGAAGCACGCACUGUGAAUGUGGAGAUCGAGGAGUCAGACUGCAUCUUCUUCAGCGGUAUGGCCAAGAGUCGUAUGCCGAUCGCCGUGGCGCAUGCGGAAGGCCGUGCGGCGUUCGACAAGACCACAGAUGUCGACGAACUGACGUCGGCACGUGGUGUCGCGAUACGGUACGCUGACAGUCGCUACCCACUCAACCCGAACGGCUCGACAGCUAACAUUGCUGGUGUGACGGCUGUGCAAGGCCGUGUCUUGGCGCUUAUGCCUCAUCCUGAGCGUGUAGUUGCGACGCAGGCAAUGAGCUGGGCGCCUGCCAAGGAGGCUGCACAAUGGCAGGGUCGCAGUCCGUGGUUCCGCAUGUUUGAGAACGCCUAUGCCUAUGUCACAGGUGCCUAA